AUGGAGAAUACCCAACAUCAACAGCCUCAAGCACAGCCUCAACCGCAGGUCCAGCAUCAACCACAGCAGUUUACCCACCAUGCUUCAACCAGCCCACCACCGCCCAUGAUCAUGACCCCGGCGUGGAUGGUUGCCAUCCGUGGCGUACAGUUCUUCCUGGCCAUUGUCAUACUCGGUUUGUCAGCAGCUAUCAUUCACUGGGUGUACAUGGAUGAACUCGGCCUCGCUGUUGCUAUUCCUCUCUUCACGUGGAUCAUCGUACUUUACACUGUCCUCUCCGAAAAGAUUUCUUCCCUCCGCAACCUCUACCAUACCUAUGCCGUCCUCGCUCUGGAUCUCUUCCUUGUCAUCCUUUGGCUCGCAACGAUGGGUGCCUGCGCCGCCCGUCGUGCUACCUUCACCGUUGACGUGACAGCCUCCUGUACCUCGGAUGGCUCUGCUGUGAACUCGGGAAGCUGCACCAUCUACAAGCGAUACAUCGUUAUGAGCCAGGGCGCGUUGGCCAUGUUUUCUGCUAUUGCAGGAUUAUCUGCCCUGCAGUUCAUCCUCUUCUUGGUGACCUUCAUCUGGACUCUUGUUCAGUUCUUGCGCUGGAGAAAAGCCAACGCACCUGCCGCUGCUGCAAGCGCCAGUCAGGGAGAGAUUCAGAUGGAGUCCAAGCAGCCGUUCCUCACGCAGCAGACUGCGUACCAGCAGUCGCAGAACGGCCAGGUUCCCCAGCAGCAGCAGCAACAGCAGCAAUUCUACCCGCCUCAGUCCUACACGCCUCAGCCGCAGGCUCCUCCUCAACAGUACCAGCAUCAACCACCUCAGCAGUACCAGGAGAUGCCGAGCCAGCAACCCCAGCAACAACAGUAUCAGCAGGCUCCUCCGGCCCAGAACUACACACAGCCGCCGCACGACUAUCAGCAACAUCCGCAGCAGUACCCUCCUCAGUCAUAUACCCCUUCGCCUGUUAACGGCACAGUUUCGCCGACGCAUUCCCCACCCCCUCAAGGGCAGACUUACACCUAUUCCCCGCAGGAGCUUCGGUAG